AUGGGCCGGUUGCCUCUGGAACCCCAUGAAAUCAGGGAGAAAGCUGCCAAGGCCUUGCAGAGGGGCUGCCUGCCCUUGCCCAGCCAUGCGCGCCGGACCGAUGCGGAGCGACUGAUUGGCUUGAUGGAGCACGCCCGCAAGUGGGAGGUGGAAGAAGCACUCCUUGAGAAGGCCGAGAAGAUGCUCGAGAAGUGGUGGGACCAGAUCGAUCGCCACGAAGCCAUCGACAAGCUGCAGCAGGCUUUCUACCGAAUGGACCGCAAUGCAGAUGGUUUUAUUGACAAGGAGGAGUGGGGCCGCAUGAUGGGUAGGCUCGAAGCUACGGGCUGGACGCGAAGUGCGAUGGAAGACAUCUUCACCAGAUUUGAUGGAGACCGUGACCGCCGACUCGGUUACGAAGAGAUUGUGAGCCACCUUCUCACGAACGACAAAGAGGGACACAAGCUGGUUAAGCAAGUCGCCACGACUCCACCGAGCGAGCGUGAAGGACUGCUCGGUCUUUUCGGCGACGAUUUGCUGAAAGGGACCGCAUAUCGGGAGUUCCCCAUUGCUACCACGGAUGCCCUGGGCGAUGCCGACAUCAUUGGCGUUAUCUUCAUGACCUCCAGCACCAUCGACAAGCAACUUUAUCCCCACACACUUCUCCAGUGGAACCGGGAGCUGCUGCAGCGCGUGGCGUCGUUGUACCUGGAUCUGCGCAACCCUGACGUUCUAAACAAGCCCAGCCAGAAGUUCGAAGUUGUGCUGUGCAGCUUCGACACUCAAUGGGAGUGCUUCACACGGACAGUUGGCCGGCCUGGUCCUCCAGCUCCUUGGAUGGUGAUGCCCUUCGACUGUCCCUGGGAGCGCGAUUACUUGUGGAGAUGCUUCAACUCCAAGUUCGAGACCCGAACCGAUCCAGCAUUGGUUAUCCUCACGCCCAAGUUGGAGAUCAUCUCGAUUGAUGGGUUUGGUGAUCUUGAUGUAUCCCAGAGCCUCAGGAUGAAGGUGUUUGAGGAGUGGUGUGAAGAGGCUGAGUCAAAGGGCAGAUGGCGGCUUAUGUUUCAGGCCUAA